AUGCCUCAGGAGAUCCAGCGCAUCUCAACACUCGCAGACGAUGCCGAGAGGGAUGCGAGCGCUCUAGCACAGGAGAUUGACCGCCUUCGCGUUCUUGUGGCCGACAUGGAUACACACAGACGCCAGGCUGUCGCCUUCGCUGCUCAGCAGCGCCUCCUUGUUGCCCCAAUCCGGCGACUGCCGACGGAGUUGCUGACGCAGAUACUCGCCGACGUCUGCGCAGAGGAAAUCACCUUUCGCUUGUUGCCACGGGAUUCCACUCGACGCUACAGCUUUAACACGAAGCCGCGUCCGCGCUAUCCAGCAGUCGUUGCCAGUCACGUUUGCCGACGGUGGCGAGCACUCCUAUUUGACUCACCGUCGUUGUGGAUCCCCAAUGGCGGGUUGACAAUCGGAUUUGCUAUCGGAGUGCAGGCUUCAAAGCGGUCCUGGAAAAGGACAUGUGCAUCGGUGCGGAGGGCCGUUGACCACUAUGCUGAGCGCUCUUCUGGGCUUGCGCUUGAACUGCAGGUGGACGAUGAUACUUCCAGCCCACGCAAAAGCAACGAUCCGCAAGUCAUCGCUGUCUGCGGGAUCAUCGCCAAACAUCUCCAUCGCUGGCGUCUGAUUCAUAUGCCCGUGGUUGUCGCCCGUUGCCUGCACGAAUAUACCGACGACGCCAUCCCGGGACUUCUCGAGGAAUUAUCGAUCCCCUGGUUCGAUGCACGAGAACACGGGGAUAGGAGGGUGUCCUCCGUCUUCUUGAUUGCGCCUCGCCUGCGCAAAGUCACCGCGCCUCAGGUGGAGCGAAUCGAUCUGCCAUGGGAUCAGCUCACCAAUAUUCGUGACAACGCAUGGCUAUCUCACGAGGGAGCAGUAGAGCCUCUGUUUGGUCACCGGCUGCAAACUUUACGGAUCGCUAUCGAUCACAGAAUGCUCGCAGAUCUCCAGAACACUCCUCAUCUCACACGACUAGAUCUCGCCACCGACCACUUCGUGGAAGCUACUUGUCUACUAUCCUGUGUUUCAGCACCGGCAUUGACGCAACUCAUCCUACGAGGUGCCUAUCCGCAAAUGGAUGACCCAGAGGAGAAUCAGAGCGGUUGCAACAUGUGCAUUCAUACCAGGGAUGAAGAGGAUGCAUGCAUCGACGCGUUCCUUAAAUUCCUUGACCGCUCCCAAUGCCGAUUAACCUACCUUCGGCUUCAUUACCUCUCGCUCGCGACGCCUGUCUUCAUGCAGGUGCUUGGCGGAUUGUCCUUCCUCAAGUCCCUCAUCAUGAUCGACCCCUACUACGAUCAUGUAAUCCCGCAAGAACCUGGAGCGGAUUACGACUAUACGUACGAAGUCACGGAACCACCGUCAAGCAUCUCCAGUGAUGUCUUCCUUGCCAUGAUGGGCUCGGUGGAUGCUCAGCCCAUACUCCCUCGGCUCGAGCAUUUCUCUUACGAUGGUGGUGCUAGUGUUGCCAUGCUAGAGGGGAGCAUACGCCCUGUCGUAGAUCGGCUCUGCCAGUCGAGGACAAGCCCACCAUUAUUGUUUGAAGUCGAAGGCGAGCGCAUAUCGGGGUGAAAAAGUCCGUCCAAUUCCGGACGAUGGCGACGGUCUUCUGGCAGAAUAUGGACUUG